AAAUCGGUGUGCUAUAGCCCACGGUUUUUGGGGUGGUCCCAAGGCUCGAGCGUAUUUUUGACAAAAAAUCAACCGAGCUGCCCCAAACAGGCUGUGGAGUGACCUAGUGUGGGCCUUUGUGGUUUUUAGGCAGUUUGGGUGGUCAAACGGGCGAAACGGUGUGAAUGGGUCAUUUCGGGCCAAAUCGAUGUGCUAUAGCUUAUGGUUUUCGAUGUGGGCCCGGGAGCCCAGCGUGAUUAUGGCCAAAAAUUGACCGAGCAGCCCCAAACAGGAUGGGGAGCGGCAUAGUAUGGGCCUUUGUGGUUUUUAUGGUGUCAAACGGGUGAAUCGGUGAGAAUGGGCCAUUUUUGAGAAAAAUCGGUGUGCUAUAGCCCACGGUGUUUUAGGGUGGGCUCGGGUGCCCGGCGUGUUUUGGCCAAAAAUCGACCGAGUUGCCCAAACAGGCUGAGAGAGGCUUAGUGUGAGCCUUUGUGGUUUUUUGGACAGUUUGGGUGGUCAAACGGGUGAAACGUGAUGUUUUCGGGCCAAAUCGAUGUGCUAUAUCAUUCGAUUUUUGGGGUGGGCCCAGGAUCGGGCAUUAUUUUGGCCAAAAAUUGACUGGUCUAUCCCAAAUACGCUGAGGAGCAGGCUAGUAUGGUCCUUUAUUGUUUUUUGGGCGGUUUGGGUGGUCAAACGAGCGAAACGACACAAAUGGGCCAUUUUCGGGCCAAAUCGGUAUUCUAUAGCCUACCGUUUUCUGGGUGGGCUAAGGGGCCGGGCGUGAUUUUGGCCAUAAAUUGAUCGAGCUGCCCAAACAGGCUGGGGAGCGGCCUUGUGUGAGCCUUUGUGGUUUUUUGGGCGGUUUGUGUGAUCAAACGGGUGAAACGGCGCGAACGGGUUGUUUUCGGGCCAAAUCGGUGUGCUACAGCCUACGGUUUUUGGGGUGGACCCGGUGUUCGGGCGUGUUUUUGGCCAAAAAUCGAUCGGACUGUCCCAAACAAGCUGGGGAGCGACUUAGGCAAGCUGAGCAGAGGCUUAGUGUGGCCCGGCAUGGUCGGUGAGGCCGUUUAGGUUGUCUGACGAGCGAAAUGGUGCAAAAGGGACGUUUUCGGGCCAAAUCAGAUUAUUUUAGAGUGGGCUCGUGGCUCGAGUAUGUUUUAGGUUGAAAAGUGAUCGAGGGCUACCAAGCAGGCUGUAGAGCAGCCUAAUAUGGCCUGGCGGUGUCGACGGAGCCGUUUGGAUGGUCAGACAAGCGAUACAAUGCGAACGGGCCAUUUUUGGGCCAAAUCAGUGUGUCAUAGCUCACGGUUUUGAGGGUGGGACCAGGCGUAUUUUGGGCGAAAAAUAGACAGGGGGCUCCCAGGUAGGUUGAGAAGCGGCCUAGUGUGCCCGCAGGGUUGGCGAGGACGUUUGUAUUGUCAGACGGGCGAAAUGGCGCAAACGGACCAUAGCCCAUGGUUUUGAGUGUGGAGCGCAUUUGGGCCAAGAAUCAAUCGAGGGCUCCCAAGCAGGCUUAGAAGUAACCUACUGUGGCCCUACAGGGUCAACGGGGUCGUAUGAGUGGUCAUACGGGCAAAACAGCGCGAACGGACCAUUUUCGGUCCAAAUCAUUGUGUUAUAGCCCAUAGUUUCGGGGGUGGGCCUGGGCCCGAGCCUAUUUUGGGCCGAAAAUCAACUUGGGGAUCCCAGGCAGGCUGAGGAGCAGCCUAGUAUGGCCCAGCGAGGUCGACUGGACCGUUUAGGUGGUCAGAAAAUAAUAUUUUAAUUGAAUAUAAAUAGUAUAAUUUUUUUUAAGAAGGUUCAACCGAGUCCCUCGAUCCUACCUAGCUCCGUCCUGACACAAACCAAACAGCUCCUCCAAAGAAGAAGGUAUAAACAAAGACCAGAAAUUUGGUCCACAUUGGACUCCUCUCUUAAUAGAACUCAUGUGGUAAAAGAAAAAUCACUCACCUACAAAUAUUAUGGUGGAGUAGUAAAUACUUUUUCAUCUUUAGUUAGAGGUCUCAAGUUCGAGUUUCCCUUCAUACAAUAUAAUUUUUGUUACAAAGCAUUUUACCUAUCUUUCUGAUGCAAAUUUAAAUUUAGUCGAGCUCCAACCCGACUAUCGAGCAUUCGAUGAGAAACAAAAAAAAUCAUCACUCUAAAAAAUCUACUAGUCUAAGGUCGUUCUUGGCCCCCCCCACUCCCUAAUAAAUUCCCACAUUUGUCAACCAUUCUUGAUUCUUCUAACAACCUCAACAACCCAUAAUUUAGCUCUCUCCAUUAGUUGUCUUAUUUGUUUCAAUCUUUGUUCUUUUGGUGUUUUAAGUACCAUAAAUUCCUCUAGAAAUUUCACAUUCUUGAAAAUAUCAUUGUCUUUUCUCAUAAAAAUGCCACCUUUUGUUGAAUCAAAUCCCCUUUCACAUACCUUCAAUCACAACAACAUAGUUACCAUUGAUGUUGGUGGCACACCUUUUCAAACAACCAAACAAACCCUUAAACAAGCAGGUUCAAAUUCCCUUUUUUCAACAAUUUACAACAAUUUUGAAUAUAAUUGUAAUUCAAUUCCAUUUAUUGAUAGAGACCCUGAAAUUUUCUCAAUUUUACUAUCCCUUUUAAGAACUGGUAACUUACCUUCAAAAGCUAAGAACUUUGAUAUUCAAGAUUUGAUAUUUGAAGCAAAAUUUUAUGGUGUAGAACAACUUGUAUUGAAUUCUGAGUUAAACCCAUCUCAGUUUAUGCCUUUUGAUUUAGAAAAAUCAGUUCUUUUACCUUUAUGUGGUAGAAAUUCAGUUACAUCAAUUUGUACAACAGAUAAUGGUGCAGUACAAGUAGCACAUGGUUGUAAGAUUACUUGUUUUGAUUGGUCAUUAAAGAGAAAAUCAACAAUCUUGACUGAAUUUGCUGUUAUAGAUUCUAUGUUAUGUUUAGAUUCAAGAAUGUUGGCUAUUGGUGCUACUGAUUUUUCUGGUUUACAGAUUCUUGAUGUUGUUGAUGGAUGUGCUAGGAAGAAUGUUAAUUGGGACAAUGUGACUAAAUCUGGUUCAACUGUUCAGGCUAUUGGAUCAUCAAAUGAAUUGUUGUUUACGAGUUUUGAAUCGUGUAGGAGGAAUUCGAAUUGUAUAAUGAUAUAUGAUAUUAACGAUGAUUUUAAACCGGUUAGUAAGAUUGGUCAUUAUGAAAUCUUUGGUGCUGAAUUGGAUUCAGCUAUUCCAGCUACUAAGUUAAGAUGGUUACCUAGUUAUAACUUGUUAAUGUCUGCUGGUUCACAUAGUGGUCCUUCUAGUGUACUUGGGAAUAUUAAGUUUUGGGAUUUAAGGUCCGGGAAUGCGGUGUGGGAGAUAAAGGAAAAUGUUGAUUGUUUCUCCGAUAUCACAGUUUCGGAUAGUUUGUCUGCUAUUUUUAAAGUUGGUGUACAUUCGGGCGAGGUUUUUCUUGCCGAUUUGAGGUACAUUGGUGCUGACAAUGCUUGGUUUUGUCUCGGUGAUGAAAGGAAGGUAAAGAAUGGUAAAAAGGAAGGAAUCGGGUGCAAAAUCGAGAGCCAUGGGAAUCAAGUGUUUUGUACUAAAGGUGGAAACGUUGAAUUGUGGUCUGAGGUUCUUAUCAAUUCGAAAAAUGGUAAGUUUCGACCAGAAGAUCGAGUUUUUAGGAAGAACUUUAUGGGAAGAGCAAAAGAUUAUUGUGGAGAUAGGAUAACUCACUUCGGUUUCGGAGGGAACAGAAUGUUUGUUACAAGAAAAGACCAACAAUAUGUUGAGGUUUGGCAGAGUUCAGUUAAGGGAUUUUGAUUUUUUCGCAAGCAUUCUUGUAGGAGUAGGUCAUCGCGCUGAAGCCAACUUGUUUGGGACUAAGGCGGAGUUCAUUGAUUGGUAAGAUUAAGUUAGCGGCUAGUUUUGUUAUAUAUAAAUGUUUAUAUAGUCAUCAAGCCCGUUGUGCAUAGGAAUUGUAUUUAUACAACGUACAUGGAAUGUUUGUUUCGAUCUUUGUUCAUUUGUUCACCAUUAUUGUAUGUAUGGCGCUUUCGUUAUAUAUGAAACUCAGAUUCGUUGUAGAUUAGUAGCA